GCCCUCAGCUUCUGUUCCUCACCUUACGGCCGAAGUUGGGAACUCCAAGCUCCACACUCUACGGAGUCAGCAGUGUCGCAAGUCUGGGAAUGGUGGUGGGGAGGGCGGGGGAGGAGGGAACUCUGUGUUUGCGACCGUAGCGCUCACUUUCCGGCUAACACCGAGGUGCCUGAAGCCUGGCUGAGGUGGUGAGGCCCGGGUGAGAUAAUAUGAGGCCCAAAGAAGAUGAAUAAUAGCCUGCAAGAAGCAAGGGCAGAGCCUGACCCCUACUACCAAUAGCUUAGACAAAAAAAAUGAAAUGUUACCAAAGCUCCCGAAGCUCCCGAGCUAGGCCCUGCUCUGUACAAUGGACCCUGUGGUCCUCAGCUACAUGGACAGUCUGCUGCGCCAGUCAGAUGUCUUGCUUUUGGAUCCCCCGUGCUGGCUCAAUGACCACAUCAUUGGCUUCGCCUUUGAGUACUUUGCCAACAGUCAGUUCCAUGACUGCUCGGACCACGUGUGCUUCGUCAGCCCUGAGGUCACUCAGUUCAUCAAGUGUGCCAGCAGCACGGCAGAGAUCAUGGGGUUCCUCGAGCCCCUGGGUCUUUCCCACAAGAGGGUGGUCUUUUUACCCAUCAAUGAUAAUUCCAACCAGGCAGCGGGGGGAACCCACUGGAGUCUGUUAGUUUAUCUCCAAGACCAAAAUAGCUUCUGUCACUACGAUUCCCACAGCAGAAGCAACUCAGUCCACGCAAAGCAGGUAGCAGAGAAACUGGAGGCUUUCUUAGGCCGAAAAGGAAACAGACCAAUCUUUGUGGAGGAGAAAACAGCUGCUCAACAAAACAGCUACGACUGUGGCAUGUACGUGGUGUGCAACACCGAGGCCUUGUGCCAGAACUUCUUUCGGCAGCAGCCUGAGACCCCGCUGCAGCUACUCACCCCCUCCUACAUCACCAAGAAGAGGAAAGAAUGGAAAGAUCUCAUCCUCAGACUUGCUAAAAAUUAGUCACUGAAGAAUCUUCACCCCUCUGGACAUUUCCUCUCUCCCUAGUCAGUGGAUGGCUGCAGUUCUCAGUGCCUGAUCUCAGAUGCCAAGUAAAUGAAAACUGACUGACUGCGCUGACCUUUUUUUUUUUUCUUUUUUUGAAAUAUGUCAUCCUUUGCAUUGUCCUAAUGGAAGUUUCACUUUAACCUCGACUUGAGAGCAAUAAAUUCUUUGAAAAUGUC